UCCUCCUCCUCCCCCCCACUGCGAUGGCUCACCUGGGAAGAGAUCGGGCUCCGCACUGGCCAUGGAGACCCACAGCGGGAGCGAUGGCUGGUGAUCGACAGGAAGGUCUACGACAUUAGCCGCUUCCACAAGAGGCACCCGGGCGGCUCCCGUGUUAUCUGCAGCUACGCGGGCCAAGACGCCACGGAUCCUUUCAGAGCAUUUCAUGUUGACAAAACUUUGGUAAGGAAGCACAUGAAAUCACUUCUGAUUGGGGAACUGGCACCUGAUCAACCCAGCUUUGAACCCACCAAAAAUAAAUUGCUAGUAGAAGAUUUCCGGGACCUGCGGUCCACUGUGGAAAAACUGGGACUCUUCAAGCCAAACCAAUUCUUCUUCCUUCUGAUGCUUCUGCACAUCCUACUGAUGGAGGCUGCUGGCUGGUUUGUCUUGUGGUACUUUGGGACAUCUGUAACGACUUUCCUUAUUGCCACAACGCUGCUUACCAUUGUUCAGUCCCAGGCAUUUUGGCUACAGCAUGACUUGGGGCACCUUUCAGUCUUCAGCAAUCCAAAAUGGAACCACGUUCUUCAUGAGUUUGUGAUGUGCCAUCUCAAGGGUCUUUCAGCCAACUGGUGGUCUUUUCACCAUGCUCAACAUCAUGCCAAACCCAACUGUUUCCGGAAGGACCCAGACCUUGUAAUGCAUCCCAUCAUGUUUUCUUUAGGGAAACCUCUCUCUUUAGAGCUAGGGAUGCAAAAGAAGAAGCACAUGCCAUACAAUUAUCAGCACAUGUAUUUUUCCAUCUUGUUUCCCCCAAUUACAGUACCUACAUUUCAGGCUUACUCAUUGUAUUACAUGUUCAAACGCAAACUGUGGAGGGAAGUAAUAUGGACCGUGAUGCAUUUUGUCCGAUUUUUUAUUGCCUCCGUGCCAGUAUUGGGAGUGAAGGGCACCUUGGGAUUCCUCUUGCUACUCAACAUUCUGGAGGGUAUCAUAUUUACAUGGAUAUCGCAAAUGAACCAUAUUCCUAUGCACAUUGAUUAUGAUAGUAACAUGGACUGGGUCUCUACCCAGAUUCAGGCAACAUGCAAUGUGAACCAAUCUUUUUUCAAUGACUGGGUGACAGGGCACCUGAAUUUCCAAAUUGAGCACCACCUUUUCCCGACAAUGCCUCGACACAAUUUCUGGAAGGUGGCCCCUUUGGUUAAAUCCCUGUGUGCCAAGCAUGGCAUUGACUAUCAAAGCAAGCCCCUGCUCAAUGGCUUUGCGGACAUUUUGCAUUCCUUGAAGGAUGCAGGCAAGAUCUGGCUCAAAGCAUAUAAUGGAUAAGAAGCAUGCUCUCCUCACAUGCAUCACCAUAUAAAGCACACUAGCUGCACCCAUUGCAU